AUGCCACGGAAGAAUAAAGUACCAUAUUAUCAAAAACUAUUUCAAGAAAAUACUCAUCUUCCAGUUUAUUUUAGGACGCCAAGAAGUAAGUUGAUGAUAUAUCCGUAUCUAGCAUUAUGGGGUCUUAGUUUAGUUGGUUCUUUAUGGGGUGUUAUGAAUUUAGUCAGGGUAUUUUCUUUAAUAAAUAAGGAUUAA